UUGGCUCCUGCAGCCGUUUCCCCUGCAGGGCUGAGCUCUUUGGCUGGCUCGCCACUUCCUUAUCAGAAGGUUCUGCUGGCAGGGACAACAUCUGAGCAGGUCAUGAAGCCUCAGGAGGCCGAGCUUGUCACUGAAAUCUCAAAGUUACAAUGCAUGGUGUCGGAGCUGAAGACGGGCUUCACCAGCGCCCUCCUGGAGCUCAGUCAGAUCCAGCAUGGAGACACGUACCUGAGGGAGGAGCUGGAGGAGAACCGGAGGAGCUGCAACAAGAAAGCUCAUCGCCUGGAGACUCUGGUGGAGUCACUGAGGGAGGAGCUUGGAGUGAUGCAGUGUCAGAUCUUACAGCUGUACAGCAACAAACAGAGACCUCUGCAGGACCUGAAGACCUCCACGUCCAAACAGAGAGACAGCAGCGCUCCUGCAGAGUCGGCGUCGUCUUCAUGUGAGAGGAGUCAGUGUCCGUCUGCUCCAUCCGCCUGUCUGUCCAGAGGAAAGCUGCUGCUGCACUGCUUCCUGCAGGGCCUCAAAGCAGGGCUGAGUGAAGGCACAGAUGCUCGACAUCAGGUGGCGAUGCAGCUCCUGCACUCAGAGUGGGAGUACGUCUCUGCUUUGAACCAGCUGUAUGAGAAAUACAAGACUCUGCCGGCUCACCAGACGAGUGCUGAGCCGUAUCAGACGUACCUGAAGUUCCUGGAGCAGCUGCUGCAGAGACACCUCCUCUUCAGAAACACCCUGCAGGAGCGCCUCUCCGCCGAACACUGGAAGUCUCUGGUUGGAGACAUCCUGGUGCAGCUCAUCGGACAGAACGACACGGCGUUUUCAGACAUGUACCUCGGAUACACGACCACCCUGGCAUCGUUCCUCUCACUGGAGUUCAACAGACUGAAUCAUUCUGAGAAGAGCAACAAAAUGCAGAGCGGACAGAUGGAGAGGGAGGAAAUGAAACUGCUCUCUCUGCUGUUGGCGCCCGUCUCCAGAGUCCACAGCUACCUGAGUCACAUCCAGAACUUGCUGCAGUGGACGGGUAAAGAGCAUCCUGACUGCAGCCUCCUGCUUGGAGCCGAGCGAGCGCUGAGGAGCACUUUGUCUCGCUGUCACGCCAUCCUGGAGGAGGACGUCCGAUGGGAGGAAGUCGAGGGAGCAGGUCAAAGCUGCCCUGAUGCAGGCGUUGCUGGAUCGUCUGCAAACUGUUGCAGGAGGAGUCAGCAGAACAGAGAGUGUCAGCAGGAGUCCAACGCUGCAGCUCAGAGAGACCACCAGCAGGCUGCCGGCCUCACCAACGGGGUCGACGCCUGUCACUCCAUGCGUCUGGAGUGCUGGUCCUGCAGCCCGGUGAGGAGGAAGGGCUGUGGAAGGGAUCGGACGGUCCAGAACCAGCCGGUCCGGGCCGAAUGUGGACACGCCUACUGCUCCCUCCUCACGCCUGACGCCGCCGCCUGGGGGGAGAACAGCGACUCGGGUCAGGGCACCUUCAGCCAUCCUACAGGGAAGGGCACCAGCGAGCUCGAGGCGUCUCACGUGGAGGACUGCGAGACGGACCAGGACGACACCUCGGCCUUCGACUACUCCUCGGUGACCUCCUGCAGCCCUGACGGCACGCUGCGCAGGGAGGUGAUGUGCAGCAACAGCGGGGAAGAUGAAGAGGAGGAGGAAGAGGAAGAGGAGGAAGAGGACAGCCAGGUGCCGGUGCUGCUGAAGCCUUCGUACAGCCAGCAGCAGCAGCAGAGGGACGCCCCCAGAGAGAGGACGGUGUGUCUGAGGUGGCAGAUCCCCAGACUGACCCCCCACCCUCCUCUGAGGAACACAGCAGGGCCGUGUGCAGAGGGGUCCACGCCGUGCCUCGUCAGCUCCUACGGGAAGAGGCUGGUCAGCGUCAGGAAGGGGUCUCCUACUCUUCAUCCAAAAAGUGCCUUCAGGCCCAUCUGGGACGACCCGUCCAAACAGGCGGACUCAGCUCCAGAGAGAGACAACAGACAAGGCUUCAUCCCGAUUCAAGCCGCAGCGAGGCAAAGCUUUCAGAACUUCAACCCGAGCAGAGAAAACCUGAGACCCGGCCUGCCUCAGCAGAGAGGUGUUAACCAUGUAGGAGCCAUUAACACUGGAGGAUUGUGGGAGGACAGUGAGGACAGCGAGGGACCCUGCAGCACCGUCUGAACCUGGUCUGAACCCUGUCUGACACAGAGACUAUCAAAGAGGGUCAACAAGAAAAACUGUUACACACAAAACUCUGGAGUUAGGAAACACAUGAACAACAAAUCAUUAAAACAACAGAACUGUUUCAUCACUUCCUGUUUGAUCUGUUUAACAUUAAACAUCUUUUGGAGGAUGCAGCUCUCUGAUUCUACUUCACUUCAUCUCUAAAGGAAAUAAAGAACUUUCAUUAUCAUCACAUUCAUCAGGCAGCUACUUCAAUAAAUAAGAUUUUGCAUUAA